UUCCAUCAAAACUAGUCCAACAUGUCCGAGACCCGAUUGCAAGAAAGAGGUAGAAUCUACGGCUGAUAUCAUGCUCGGAAGUCAGAAUAUCAGCGAUUUGAUGGAUAUAUCACGUUUUGAUGACGUUAAAAAACAAAUUCCAGAAGAAAGAACCGAUAUUGCUUUGCGGAAGAGAAUGGAGAGAGCCCGGAAAAUAUAUAAACUUUCACCAUUAUU